UCAACCCACAUCUAAACCAAGACUCAAAACAGACCAGAUCUUGGAUCCAAACCCAACCAUGGAGGGCAAGUCCGGACCGUCUGGCUCUGGGCUAAACCUCGUGGCUCAUCCUCGCGCCAAAAGCAAAGUUUGGAAAUAUUUUGGAUUCGACACGGAUGCUGACGGAUGCAUUUUACACUGGAAACGGAUCUACUGCCGAGUUUGCAUGACCCAGAUCGCGUACUCUGGAAACACGUCAAAUCUGGCUUAUCAUCUUGAGAAAAACCAUCCUGUAGAAUACGGGGAACUACUUAAAAGCAAUACCGACCAAAUGCGAGAAGCCUUUGUCACUGCGUAUACGAAAAUCAAAACUGAACCGCUAAUUCUCCAAGUCGCACAGCCUUAUAAUCAAAACAUGCAACAAAAUCUUUCCAACAACUGCAGACAUAAUGACUUAAGUUUAGCUAUUCUUAACUUUAUCUGCGAAGGCUUGUAUCCAGUUUCAAUCGUGGAAGAACCAACGUUUAAAUCCCUGAUGACAACUGUAGAUUCUAGCUUUAGCCUACCUAGCAAAUCCGACUUGGCGCUCAAAAUGGUGCCUCAAAUGUACUGCCGAAUUCGUAAUGAAGUCUUCUCUGAGCUGGCGAAUGUCGUUUACUGCGGAAUCUCUACGGAUUUGUGGCAAAGUUUGACUCAAAACCGAACGUACAUUUCUUUAUCGAUCCAUGCCGUGAAUUGCAAUAUGACCAGUGGAUUUUCAAUGGUGAACAAAUGCCUCAAAACAUUUGAAGUGCAAGAAGACAAUACCGCGGAGAAUAUCACGAGAGAAAUGUACGAAACCUUUGUGGAAUGGGGCAUAACGCAUAAAGUUAGCGGCGCAACUACGAAUGGAUCAGUAGAUAUAGUAAAGGCCUGCUCACUUUUGGAGAUGUCCGUAGAAAUGCCUUGCCUUGGCCAUACGUUAAACCGCGCUAUGGAUGAAGCGUUCCAGCUACCAAGCGUUGAUACCUUUCUGGGUUGUUGCCGCAAGCUAGUAGACCAUUUCAAAGAACCCGUUUUGUAUACAUUGCGUGAAAAGCAACAGAUGUAUGGGCUACCUUUGGCGACGCUAGUCUCAGAUAAAGGCGGAACGUGGUUAGCGACAUUAGCGAUGCUGCAGAUGCUAAAAGAUCAGCAAAUGGCUAUCAAUGCUGUAAUAAUGCAUGAGGAUAGCGGGCAUCCUUUCAAUUUUACACGCGCCAACUGGUCGCUUCUGGAAGGAUUGAUUGAUGUACUUAAACCGUUCAGAGUUGUCGCUAAUAUGUUUACAUCUUGCAAAUUUCCAACAAUUAGCAUGGUAAAACCCGUGCUCCAUAUGCUGCUGAACAACAACUUGAAAACCAAAGAUGGAGAAUUGAAGGAGGUCCGUCUAAUUAAAGAAGUUGUGGCUAAAGUUUUGACCAAUACUUACUCUGAAAAUUCACAACAGGAGAUUGCAAUGUUUCUCAAUAUUGCCACUUUCCUAGACCCGAGGUACAAAAAGUUGCCAUUUUUGUCGAAUAAAGACCGAGCAAAAGUUGAGUCGAACUUGAUUGACGAAGCUAAAGCGAUUCUCGAAAAGCAAAAUGCGUGUCUGGAAGAUUUCUCCUUUGAAUCGGACGAACCCCCAAAUAAAAAACAAGCUACAUCAACACAUGAUAAUCCGCUGGCGGCCAUUUUCUGUCAAUCUGAAUCUGACCAAGGCCAAGAAGAGCUGAAUUCGCAGGUCUUGGAAGAAAUCGGUAACUAUAAAUCGCAGCGCGUGCUUGGUUUAAAUGAAGAUCCUCUACUGUGGUGGUCCACUCAUGCUACGCUGUUUCCGACUUUGCCCAAAUUACUGCAGAAAUAUUGGUGUGUUCCUGCAACUAGCGCCCCCUGCCAUAGACUAUUCAGCUCGUCUGGUACUGUUCUGUGCGGUAAAAGAAAUCGUAUUAACCCUUCCUUGGUCAAUCAGCAAGUAUUCCUGUAUGAAAACUCAAGAGGAUACUACGAACCAGAGCCAUGUGAGGAAGAUCUGGACGUUUGGGAGGCAAAUUCUACUCUGGGACAGCCACUGUAAUAAAAUGGCAAAACAUAAACCAAUAAAAAACAAUAUGUCUAACUUGUCUUUUUAUCAUAU